ACAAUAAUUCUUUAUGCCAAUGGAAUGCCUUUACAACAAUAUACUUGAACGUGCACCCGGUUCUGAAGUGCGAUAUUAUUAUAUUGUACCUCGGCCUGACUUCGCACUUAGUAACACACUAACAUGAAUUUGAACUGAAUGUAGGAUUUUGCAGGCAAAUAAUUGAUUUUGUUCGAUUUAUAUUAAAUAUCAAAAUUGAGUGAAAUUGACGAGAGGAAUAUUUCAGGUGUGUCUUACUUGGAGGGCGAAAGACGAUGGCGGUGAUGUUGCCGAUGGACCGGGAUAUGAUGGAGGUCGCCGAUUACUAUAACAGUCUGGAUCGAAACGGUGAACGACCAGCGAAUGGCCCGACUAUAGCCGUCAAUGGAUAUGUGUAUGGAAGUCGAAAUCAUCCCAGUUCCUUCGUACGAACCGAACGACCAACACAUUCCAGCGGACCUCAGAAUAUCAAAGGUAUCAUGCACGAAAUGGAUAAAGCAAAGGCCACUCAGGACAUUCUUCGACGUCGAAAGCAGAAGUACUCGGCGUUUGUGAUGGAACCGAUGAUGGGUCGACCCGUGGUGGAAACUCCCGGGAUCGGGGAGAGAGAGGCCAGAAUAUUACAUAGACAUGGUAUUGGGAGGUCGACGCAUCUCCGAGAAGCUUUCUUGGACCUUGGAAGGAAAGAAUUCAUCGAAUGGCUCUGUGACAUGGGUAUCACCGAACCCAGUGCCAAAGAAUGUGCUCAGUCUCUACACGAUUGGUGUGUCAAUUACAUCAAAUUACCUCGCUAGAGCAACCAAAGUUCCACAAGGGGAGGGAUGAAGAUUUACGUGGGAUGGGCUGGUAAGCCCGCCCUAUAAGGUGCACGAUAAAAACUGGAAUGUUAAACAUUGGAGGAGUGGCAACCUCUUCUAAAUAAUUCUGUUACCACAAAAUGGUUCAAUCCAACAGUUAAAUUGUUGGCUUCAGCUUUCGUGCAAAGUUUGGUUGAAUACUUUGGAAAGGUUGUCACUCCUCUAAACUUACAUUGCUGAUUCAACGUUUCAAUUUUAAUCACGUGGUCGCUCCUACACUCUUAAAAAUGUUGGGCAACAUACUGUCCACACAAACAAUAAUUGGUUAGAACUUUAUCUAAAUUUGGGUAUAGUUUUAAACCAAUAAUCUGUGCUUUGGGUGAAAACUACACAGUAUUGGUUGAAAACUACCCGGAGUUUGAUAUCUUUGUUUAACAAAUAAUGUUGUAUGGACAGUAUAUGAUGCCCAACAUUUUAAAAGUGUAUACAGCAUGUGCGUUCCUUUUUAUUCGGGAAAAAAUAUUUUUGGAGCAUAUUUCGUGUGGGGGGGGGGGGGGUCCCGAAAAUCAUUAAACUAGUCGGUCAGGUUUAGCAAUAUUGUCCCAGAAAUAUUUCAAUUAGCAUGAUUAGGGGUAGUUUACAACUCUUCACAGAACAAUAUUGAUAUUUAGGGGUUAAUGUUGAUAGCAUUCCUUUAAAAGUGUGAUAAGGGGUACGAUUCUGAUGGUUUUUUUUUAAAGCCCGUUAAGGGUACCCCCCAAAAAAAACCAACAACAAACAAACAAAGAGGACAUAUUGAAUCUUGACCACGGGAGAGGGUCGGGGUGCAUGGGGAAAGUGAUGUAGACCCAAUAAGAUACCUUUCAAAUGGUAUGAUCGCAAU